AUGGCUACGAAUGGUGUUCGCCAACUCUACAGAUUGUAUGUGAGCAACAUUCCUUGGACCGUUGGUUCAAAAGAGUUAAGAACUUAUUUCAGUAAGUUUGGACAUCUGCAACAAGCUACUGUUGUAUUUGAUAGAAAAACAGGACUGUCUAAAAACUACGGCUUUAUUACAUUUAGUAACCGUGAAGGCUUAGAAAGCGCCACAAAAAAUAAUUUACAUAAAUUGGAGGGAAAUACAAUAAGAGUACAGCCAUCAAAUCCUGAAAAUUAAAAAAUGGCUGAUGCAGUAGAUAAUUUUAGUGAUUUACAAGAAUUAGGUAUAGAUAUAAAUGAGGAAGACAGCUUGACUAUUUCUUUUAACAAAGCAGCCAGUCAUUUACAGAAGCUUUUGCCCAAUGUCGAUAAUCAGACACUCCUUACCUUAUAUGGCUAUUACAAACAAGGUACUGAAGGCACUUGUACGACUUCCAAACCUAGUUGGUAUGAUCUUCGUGCAAAGUCUAAGUGGGAUGCUUGGAAUAAACUAGGAGAUCUACCCCAGAAAGAAGCUAAGACACUAUAUAUAGACACUCUUAAGAAAUUAGAUCCUACAUUCGAUGAUGCUCCCUUGGAGAAAUCUGAGGAACAGUGGAUAAAAGUAUCUUCCAUGUCCAAGGACGAAAUCCCUCAGUCAGAGCUCACAGUAAUAGAUUAUAUCAAGGAAAAUAAU